AUGAGGCAGACAGGCUUCUUCCACCAUAUCGGCACAUUCUUGCUGUUCUCAGCAACGGUGCUGCUGAUCAUUACCGAUAUCUCGGCGCCAGUAGUCAACAGCAUUUCGAUGCUAAAGAUCAACCUCGACGACCGUAGCACAUCUCUCGACCGACACCCUACGAUUACCUUUGGUACUUUCGGUUACUGUGUUCGCGACACUACGUCCUCCGGCCAAGACCUCUGCACCCGCUCGCACGUAGGCUACGACCCCGCCGCCAUCGUCGAAGAAAAUGUGCGCGACGUUAGCUUUUCCGACUACGCCUCCGACACCUCGAAAGGCCUAACCCGCGUUAUGAUCCUCCAUCCCAUCGCAACCGGUCUAGCCUUCAUCGCCUUCCUCCUAGCACUCGGCGCCGGCGUCGUCGGCAGUCUACUAGCAUCUCUCGUUUCGCUACUUACGUUCAUCGUCACGCUCGUAGUGCUUAUUACGGAUUUCGUAUCGUUUAGCAUUAUCCGCUCGGAAGUAAAUCAGAACUCGAACAGCAGCGGGAGUAACGCGGAAUGGGGCGCUGCUUCUUGGACUGUGCUGGUCUCGGCUAUUUGCAGCUUCCUCGCUACGUUUGUUGUCUUUUUUACUUGCUGCAGUGCGAGAUUGCACCGCAGGCGCGAGGGUCGACGGGUUAAGGAUGUGCCUGAUGGAUAUGGCACCCCUGCUAGACGCCGCAGGUGGUGGUAG